AAUAUUCUAUGGAAAUUGUGUAAAUGAUAGAAUAUAAUUUGUGGACGUCUCGUUGCUAGCUAUAAGUAGUGGAAACUUUGUGUGAAAAAUUUCUGGGAAAGCAUAAUCAUUUUUGUUUGCAUGGAAACCAAGGGUUGUUAAUGGGGAAACACGCGACUAGGAAAUUUUUACUUAAGUAAACCUGUAUUUAGUUAUAAUUUCGUUGCUAUAGUAAAAUUCUUGAUAGACACAUUUCGAUUGGGUUCAGUUCAGCUUUCAUAUUCAAUAGAAAUUCACUGAAAAUGGAUCCCACCAAACUAGUUGGAAGAGUCAAGGAAGCGGUACGCAUAGAGCAUAAAGCGCGCAGCAAUUUUUCACGCGUUUGGAAUGGAAUUGGAUCCAGUUCGAAUAAUAAGUUUUAUCAUCAAGAUGAACUUGAAAAUCAGCUGAUGGAGAAGCUCCAUACACCAGAACCCGAUAACAAAGCUCAGUCGCACUUCAUUUCAGCAGAAAUGCAAAAGAAUUUGCUUGACAUUUGUCGUUGUGGACGACCUAGGCGUGGCAUCCAUUUAAGCAAGUGUCUUCAGCGAGCUCUAAACACGACUCUACAAUCCGAGGAAGCAGGAAUGCAAGGUGUAAAUAAGAUGCCCCAAACUUCAAAUUGUAAGUUUUCAGCUCUUCGAAAUUUUAUUACCUGUUGUUUAUAUGACUCAUUAUUUUUAGCUUACAUUGGAUUUAAGACAGCUCCUUACCAAAAACUAGAACAGUCCAUGCAGUAUUUAUCGCCCACAAUCUCUAUGCCUGGACCUCGCAUCACUGCCGCUCCAUACAAUGCCAUAAUUAUAGGUUGACAAUAUAGCCACAUCAAGUCACGGUCUUAAAUAUAUCUGAAUAAUGUAUUCUAAUUAUUGAUUAUGAAAUUGUAUCAGUUCUGUUUUACCCAUGUAAAGAUAUAGGAAAUUUCCCACAUCUUAUGGCUUUAAUAAGCUUGAACUUGUGAUCUUGAGAUCUUCUCUUGAACUUAUUGAUUAUGAAAUUGUAUCAGUUCUAUUUUACCCAUGUAAAGAUAUAGGAAAUUUCCCACAUCUUAUGGCUUUAAUAAACUUGAACCUGAGAUCGCGGCUUUAAAAUGCGUUUAACUCUAAAGCUUUUUGGGACAUCCCACUUAAGGUUUCUGUGGC